GUCCUAUAGAACUAUCACCGCAGUACACUGGUUUGGAGUACAACGUGAACUUUGGUGUUCACUACCUAAGACAUGUAUCUGGCCGCGAUCCUUCUCGUUGCCGUUGUUCUCCUUUACCUCUUCAGGACGGUUAAGCGGACCUUCAGCUUCUGGGAGACGAAAGGUGUGCCGCACUUGUCUCUGACACAGUACGUUGGUGUGCUUUACGAUACCUUUACAAAGCCAUUACCGGACGUUGUGCGGAGCAAUCACUUGAAGUACGGAAAGCUGUACGGAUCUUAUCAAGGCUUCGUUCCUUGCCUUGUGGUUGGAGACCCGGAUGUGCUGCGCAUCGUGUGUGCCAAGGAUUUCAAAUCAUUCGUUGACAGAACGGAAAGUGAAGUGACUGGAAAUGCUUUGUGGGACAACAUGCUACUCAACAUGUCUUCGGAUAUGUGGAAGGACGAACGGAUGGCUCUAUCACCCGCAUUUACUCCGAGCAAGCUAAAACUGAUAUUUCCGCGGUUCGUUGAAUUCGCAGAACGGUUGCGGCUUCAGUUCGUAGAAGAAGCUAAACAAGGAAACGUCGUAGAAGUUCAAAGGCUGUUUGAGAAGUGCUCGAUGGACGGCAUGGCCGCGUUUCUGUUCAGCCUUGAUCUCUGCACACGCCAGUCAACGGACCACCCGCUGGUGACCUGCUGCAAUGGCUUUUUCAGCGCGAUUGGCGGAUGGAAAGUCGUCAUGUUAUAUGCUAUGUCGAGGGUUUUUAAGAUGCUGCCUAUAGAGUUCCCGAGCACUUACGGUUCUCAGCAAGUGCUUAAUUUCGCAAAAGUCAUGGUCGAGAAAAGACUGGCUUCGAAUGAGCGACACAACGAUGUCCUUCAACUGUGUUUAGACACCGUAAUGGAAAUGAAAAAAGCAGGUGGUAAAAAGCUAACAGAAUCUGAGAUGAAGGACGUGGCGGCCGAGAUCAUGGUGUUUUUCAUCGCCGGCAGUGACGGCGUAGCCAUUGCGCUGACAUUCACAGCGUACAACUUAGCACUCUCUCCCGAAUACCAGGACAGGCUGGUCAAAGAAAUUGACGAAGCCAUCAGCAAGCACGGGAUGACGUUCGAGGCCAUGAAUCACAUGCCCCUCCUCGAGGCUACCGUGAAGGAAUCCCUCCGCAUGUAUACGCCAGACUCAUUCCUGACGAGACGCUGUAACCAGGAAACGACACUGUACGGGAUAGAUUUCAAACCCGGAAUGUGCAUCGAGAUACCGUUGACAGGCGUUCAUUACAAUCCAGAAUUCUUUCCUGAUCCUUACACUUUUAAGCCGGAAAGGUUCUUGCCGGAGAACAAGGACUUGCUCAAGCCGUACACUUUCUUGGCUUUCGGCGCGGGACCCCGAAAUUGUAUAGGAUUGCGCGUUGCCCUCGUUCAGGCCAAGAGUGUGCUCGCCUGUUUAUUGAGGGACGUCCGCUUCGAGCGGUGCAACGACACUGCUGUUCCCGUGAAGUUUGUUCCCCAACGCCUUCUUUUGGAACCAAAUCCAGCGGUGAAGCUACGUGUCGUACCACGUCGCUCAACCGUGCAAGAAUAGUCCUGCUUUAGUAAAUGCACCAGCAUUUGCUGA